GCACCCUUAGUACCUAGACUGCACCUCUGUUUUCAUUUUUUAACGCCGAUCAACAGAUUGUCCAUCUUCUUGUUCUCUUCAAGUUAUUUUCCUGGCUUACCCAUGCAAUGUAGACAUGACAUUGUAUAAUAACAUUUGUUGGCCCUGAUGAACAAUACAACAUGCUUCCCACCCGGAAUACAUGCAGCAGUGUAAGGGGUGGCGGCAACGCCGUGGCCCUGCCUCAAUGUACAUCGAGGGUAUAACGCUCUCUUGAGGCAGAAGCACUUCAAGGUAAAUUCAAGGAUAUAUCGUUGUGGAUCAUGGCUGGAAAGUUUUGGCGGGAAGCAGCAUCCCUCAUGGUUGUGGGCCGGGCAGCCAACUUGAACUCUAAGGUUGCAAGCCGAGACUUUGAAGUGCUCCUUCUGAAGCGCAGCCAAAAAAGCUCAUUUUUUGCAAACUCCUACGUGUUUCCAGGUGGAGUGACUGAGCCUGCAGAUUUCUCUGAAUCCUGGAUGGAUGUUUUCGAGAAAUGUGGAUAUAAAUCUUCCAAUCUCGAAACAGAAUUCAGAAGCAAAUCACCUCUGCCACCAAUAUUCAACAAAUCUUACCCCAUCCUGUCUGAGGUUGGCUUUAGGAUUGGAGCCAUAAGAGAAGCCUUUGAAGAGUGUGGGCUGCUGCUCGCCCAAGACUUCCCAUUCAGAGAUCUAAGUAAGCAUCAGCUCUCUGAAUGGCAACAUGCUGUGCAUAAGGAUGGCUCACAGUUUCUGAAGAUGUUCCAAGAAUUAGGUGGCUGCCCUGCUAUUAGGAGCCUCUACGAGUGGACCACUUGGCUCACUCCUGCACACAGGCUCGCUCGCAGAUUCGACACAGCUUUUUUUAUAACAUUCAUGGAUAAAAUACCACCAAUAAUUGUUGAUAACAAAGAAAUUGUGGAUAUUAAGGCGUUAACUCCACAAGAAACUCUGAAACAGUUUGGCCGUCAAACCCUCCAUCUCCCACCACCUCAGAUCUAUGAAUUAGGACGCCUCCUAAAUUUUGACUCUUAUGAGGACCUGGAGAAAUUUGCUCGUGAGAGGAACAAAAAGGGCAUGGAACAACUUUUUCCUACUGUGAUCAUGGCCAGCGAUGGAGUCAUAACCACCCUACCAGGUGAUGAUCUUUAUCCUGAAGAACCAGAUUACAAUGGAGAAGGAGAACCCAUCGUGACUCCUGAGACAAUGGAGGAACUAAGAAGACAAGUAAAGAAUUUACACAGAAUGGAAAUGAAACCCGGGAAUGAUGUAAAUAUAAUCAUAAAUAUUAGUCCAAGAUAUUGCCAUGUCGCACCAAAUGUCAAUUCCAUGAAACUUUUGAAAAACAAACUAUGAAUAGAGAUUGUUUGGGUUAGUGAAUAAACAACUGUCCAUAACUUUAUAAAA